CAACAACGCGCUCACCAGCAUGACCUGCCUCAUCUCCGGUAGCCGGGCUCCCUGUCCCACCAAGCCGUACCAGCACCCCAAGCAAGCUUCCUAAAAGGCUUGAUCUGCAAGGUACCUGUCAGCCAUGGCGGGAUCAGCGCUGUUUAUCCUCCCCGCUUUCAUCUGCAGACCUUCCCUUCACGGCGUCGCGAACGUCUAUUCACCCUGCGACCCCGCGUCAGAGGCGAAGGCUGAGAUUAGGCGCGAUUAAGCUGCCCAAUUUCAUCAUUCGUGUGCCCAGAGAUAAAAUGGAAGGAGCGACCCGGUGAGCGACGCGCGUGAAGCUUUCCCUCCGCUUCCCUUGCUUCUAGACGCUCCGUCUCCAGUCGCCGCGACAGGCUCCAUCCACGAUGCGCUUUCUCGCCUCUGCACUGCUGGGCGCAGCAAUUGCUGCGCAGGCAGCCGUCGCGUCCCCAAUUCGCGCUCGCUCGCCAUACGUCAUGAAGGAGGAGCACUAUGCGCCCCGCGAGUACACCAAGCUGGACCGCGCGAACGGCGAGAGCGCUGUGCACCUGCAGAUUGGCUUGAAGCAGGGGAAUAUGAAGGAGCUCAUCCGGCAUCUGCACGAAGUGUCGGACCCCGACCACGAGCGUUACGGCCAGCACCUGAGCGGCGACGAGGUCGAUGACCUUGUCCGCCCCAAGAAGGAAACCAGUGAGCUUGUAGAGGAGUGGCUGCGCGAGAACGGUGUUGAGGAUAUUGGCUACAACUCCGCCAAGGACUGGAUCACUAUCCAUCUGCCAAUUGAGUUCGCAGAGCGCCUGCUGGACACCGAGUACCACAACUACAAGCAUGAAGAUGGUCAUAUCAUUGCUCGCACGACUCACUGGUCGCUCCCGCGCCAUCUUCACGCCCACAUCGACACCAUUCAGCCCACAACUUCCUUCUUCCGCGGCGCUGCUAAUGCUGCUACUUGGGUCGAGAUGGCGCCGGAGGUACCGGCAAGCUACAAGAAACCUAGCAAUGGUUCCAUCGCCGCAGUGUGCAACGUCACUUCCGUCACACCGGAAUGCUUUGCUACGCUGUAUCAGACCAAGGGCUACCACACCAAGGCUUCGAACAAGAACAGCAUCGGCUUCACCAACUAUCUUGGCGAGAUUCCAAUCCGCCCAGACACCGAGCUCUUCCUCAAGAAGUACCGCCCCGAAGCUGUUUCCUCGGCCAAGACCUUCAAGCAGUACUCCAUCGACGGCGGGCCAGAGCAAGACGGUCCUCUCACUUUGAACCAGUCUCUCGAGGAUAUCAGCCACGAGGCCAAUCUGGAUGUGCAAGCUAUCUCAGGCAUCAGCUGGAAGACGCCCAUCUUCAGCUACUCGACCGGCGGUCAGCCUCCCUUCAUCCCAGAUCCGGCGACACCUACCAACACCAACGAGCCGUACCUGACCUGGGUGAACUGGCUCCUGCAGCAAAGGAACAUCCCGCCAAUCAUCAGCACCUCAUACGGCGAGCCAGAGCAAUCCAUCCCCCCAAGCUACAUGGAGCGAGUAUGCAACCAGUUUGCCAUGGUCGGCGCGCGCGGAACCACGCUGUUCUUCUCCUCUGGGGAUAGGGGUCUGGGCGGAACUAACACGUGCUACACUAACGACGGAACCAACACGUAUAAAUUCAUCCCAGACUUCCCUGCCUCUUGCCCGUACGUCACGACUGUCGGCGCCACCAUGAACUUCCAGCCCGAGGAGUCCGCGUACAGGCCGUCUCGCAAUGUCUCGGGCGUAUUCCGCGACUUGUACGCUAGCGGUAGCGGCUUCAGUGACUACUUUGACCGCCCGGCGUGGCAGGACAAUGUCGUCUCUGAGUACGUUGACAACCUUGGUGAUCUGUACGAUGGGCUGUACAACAAGGAUGGCCGCGCGUACCCCGAUCUCGCUGCCCAAGGUCUCUACUUUGCCUACUUCUGGAACGGAACAGAGGGUACUAUCAGUGGUACUUCAGCGUCAACCCCGCUGACUGCUGGUAUUUUCGCGCUUGUCAACGAUGCGCUGCUGGCCUCGGGCAAGAAACAGCUCGGCUUCUUGAACCCGUGGCUGUACAAGAAGGGGUACAAGGGGCUUACGGAUAUCACCAAGGGAUACAGCCAUGGUUGCAAUGUGGAAGGCUUCCCGGUCACGGAGGGCUGGGACCCGAUCACGGGCUUUGGUACGCCUGACUUCCCGAAGCUUGUCAAGCUGGCCGGCGCGCAUGGGUACUGAGUGGUUGCUGCGAGCUUUCAAUAGAAGCAUCUUGCAGCGAGGGGAAGUUUAAUACCUAAUGGUAUUUAGCAUUUAUAAAGGUU